GCGGGGCUGGCGGCGGCGGCGGCGCGCACAGGGGCCGGGGCCGCUCACACCGGUGGCGGAGGCGGCGGCGGGGCCAUGAAGGUGAAGAAGAGCGGCGGGGCCGGGGCGGCGGCGGCGCGCACCGAGGAGGAGCUGGGCCGUAAAGCGCUCAUCGGGCCCGACGACGUGCUGGGGCUGCAGCGGGUCACCAGCGAUUAUUUGUGCACUCCAGAGGAAAAUGUUUACAAGAUAGACUUCACCAGGUUCAAAAUCCGGGACAUGGAAUCUGGCACAGUCUUGUUUGAAAUCACCAAACCAGCAGCUUCAGAACGUGAACACAAUGACAGGAAGGACAUAGAUCCCAAUGCUGGACGGUUCGUUCGCUAUCAGUUUACUCCAGCUUUUCUCAGACUUCGGCAAGUGGGAGCCACGGUGGAGUUCACAGUAGGAGACAAACCCAUUAAUAACUUCCGCAUGAUUGAGAGGCACUACUUCCGGGAUCAGUUGCUUAAGAGCUUUGAUUUUGAAUUUGGGUUCUGCAUCCCCAGCAGUAAAAACACUUGUGAGCACAUCUAUGAGUUCCCACAGCUCUCCGAGGAUCUCAUUCGAGAGAUGAUCCUGCAUCCAUAUGAGACACAGUCGGACAGUUUCUACUUUGUAGACAACAAGCUUGUGAUGCACAACAAGGCAGAUUAUUCAUACAGUGGAGGACCUUGAGCACAGGAUGGGCAGCCAACCCGCGCUGGCCUUCCCCUUCCUAUCGAAGCCGUCAGGGAUAGAAACACCUCCAGUUCCGUUGCCUACAACGUCAGCUGGACAAGGAUCCACAACCCAAGGACUCUUUGCCACAGUAGGAGUUUCAUGACUAAAUUUGCCAGUCUCAUCUUUUUUUGAGCUUUGAAGCAGACCCAGUUCUUCAGAACUUUAAGCGGUUCUAAAUGGUCUUUGGAUACCACUUCCCUAAGUUCUUUCAGUGUCUGCUCUGCAAAUGGGCUUGUGGGACCUGAGGGAUUUUGCCCUAAUUCUGUGGAUUUGUGUUCUUGCCCUCAAAUAUCUGUUAGGACGUGGUUGCUUUCAUAAAGAAUGUGAUCUGAGAAACCACCUGAGUGGAGUGGAUGCAAAUGCAGAGUCCUGUUGAUUUGUUUCUCUGGGUCAGUUGUACACCCCAUUGAAAAUGUCAAGUGUAACAUCUUACAAAAGCAAGUUUCAUCUUUAGAUUAGUUCUCAAAAAAUGGUAUUUCAUCCUUUAGUUUUGGUCCUUCUGGUAAUAUUCUGUUUAAUGGCAGAGACACCAAAACUCGCAGUGAAGACUGAUAGUUCAGUGACAGAACUGUUUUAAACCAGGUACUGUCCUUUUACAUUUCAGAUGAAGGCAAAAAUAGCCUUGAGGGUUUUUAACUUCCAUAAGCAUUUUCCACUAAUUUCAGUUUUUGAAAACUCAUUGCAGAAUAAUCAGAAAAUUGGACGGAUUUUAGCUUUAUUUAACGUUUUUACAUAGCUAACAUGCAGCCUAUUUGUGCUAUGUGUUUUCCAUGUCUAUUUUCUUUCAUCUCUGCUCAAUACUAAGACAAGGGCUUCAGCACUGCUUGUUAGAGCAAUGCUUUCAUUCGUCUAGGGCAGUUGGAGAGUGCUGGAAUUUCCAGUUUUCCAUUUGUAUCUGAAUUUGAAGAAUGUUAAUGACAGUGUUUUUCCUUUGUUAACAAUGUUUUGCAUUGGGUAUUAAUGCAGGUGAACCAGUAAGUCUAAUAAUGUCAGACUCACUGUCUUAGCAUUAAGUCUAGUGUAACAGUAAGCUUAUAAUGUAGGACUUUAUAUGCAGCAAAAAUUGAGUAAGAGCUCUCUUUUCAAACUCUAAGAAGUUCAAGACCAUUUAUUCCCAAAUUUCUCAGCAUGUGCUUCUUAGAAAUGCAAAGAAGCAGCAGCAUCAAAGGAGUAAAUUAGUGUACGCAAAGCAAAAGCUGAGAAGGCUGUGGGGGAUAGCCUGCUGUCAUGAAACCCUUACUCUAAAGUUCAGUUCACUGAUACUUUAAACCAGUAAAAGGCAGUUGCAGUUUGUAGAUAUUUCUAUAAAUACUUGAUGUCUCCAUGUCUAAUUCUGUGAGUUGAAGUGGAACAUUCUAUGUUAGCCUCAGAUAGGUGUGAUUGUAAUGAUUUUUAUAAAAUACCAUUUCCAGUCGUGAUGAAACAUCUUUCUAGUCACAGCUGAUUGGAACUGCAAACGGUUCCAACUGUAGCUAUCUGCCUAAGAGCAGGGAGGGGUUUGCGCUCUAUCUGGGCUUGUGGUCACUAUUAAAUGUGUUACCAUUUGUAUUUGGCUUGGCUUUCUUUACUUCUGAGAGAAGAUCCAGUUUUCUAAAGGAAAAGCAGUGAGUUUAGGGUACAGCACAGGGUUUUUUUUAAGAUUCAUAGCUAAGAAAGUACAUAAAGUUCACUAAUUUUACUCAACUAUUAUCUUGUAAUUAGUACAGCAAGACUUGUAUUUAUUACUAGCUUUUGUUUCUAGUAUAUUAAAUCAUGCAUUAGCCUACAGCUUAUCUGAGAGUAAAAGAAUUUCCUUGUUAUUUGUAUGAUGCUUUGAACUCCUGAUCAGUAAGUUUUACAGCACAAUAAUUACUAAAGAUGAGAAUGGCUUCCAAAAGUCUAGGUCUUUCCCCCAGCCCACUGUUUUUUGCAUCAGGGCUGUUAAACUAACUAUGUAUUUAAUGACAUUCUGCAAGUUUAAGUAUUUAUGAAUUUUGUUCCAAUUCCUGAAGGAGAAAAUACACUGAUUUGAAGACAAGGCAGCUCGUGUGUUUACAACUAGCACCCCAUAGGAGUGUUUUUGGGGUAUCUUUCAACUCUCACCUGUUGUUUGUCAGAAUCAUUUCUGUGCAUAAGAUUUUCAAAGCUGUCUAGCAAUGGUGCUUGCCCCAGAUUGCCAGUCAUACGUUUGGUUUUUCAAAUGUAUGGAUGUUUUAAACAGAAAUAUAAAUCUUGGUAUAUUUUUGGUGAGAGCAGUUGUACUUUGGUGCAGAUUCUUGGGUUAUUGUACUGAGUUUCCUCUCUGUACAGCUGAUCUGAGGGAGUCAUCUCCUUUUUUAUGCUACCUCCUUUUAAGACUUUGGACUUCAAAACCAAAAGCAAUUCCAUAAAAGUAUUACUGUGAUCAACAGUGGUAGAUGUACCCCUUUAAAAAUGAACCUAGAGUAAGUUAUCGUGUUCCCAAUAGCGCAGUAUGUUGCUGAAUGGACUUCUUGACACUCUGCAUUUUGUGGUAGGUUUGAGGUUAAGAGGCUUAACUACCUGCUGCUGCUCUCCUGGAUUCUGCUGUUCUGAUAAUUCAGGUUCCAUGGGUAAUAAUUUCAGGCCAACAGAGAAUUCAGUGUGAAUCUGAUAGGAAAUAUUUUAUUGAGUGAAUUUGUUGUCUUCUAUUACUAGGAAUACUCUAAACCAGGAACAAAUAUCAGACAUUUUCAAUGAAAUAAAUUUCUACCUAUUUUA